AUGGAGCCAGAGCGCGAGCACGCCGAGCAUGCGGAGCAGGAGGAGCAGGACGAGCAGAGGACAUGGUCUUGCACAUGUCCGCAGGGCAGCUGGCUCGAGACCCAGGCCUCGGCGGUCGAGCCCAUGGAGCCCCACUUCGCGCCGCCCGCCCGCCGGCAGGAACCCCUCAGCCCUCGUCGCGCCGAGAGCGACGCCGCCUCCACCUCGGAGGCCCUCGAGGAGAUCAGAGCCCUCGAGGAGGGCGCGGUGCGCGCCGCCGCGCCCGUGGUCGACGCCUCGGUCGCAGCGGAGGCCUCCGGCGCGGGCGGGGACGCCCUGGGCGCUGGCGCCCACCAGGAGCUGGCGGCUGACCCGCCGCAGGGCUCCGAGGCGCUUCCGCCGCGCAGCGAGCCGCCGCCGGCGCGGUGGCCCGGCGCGCCGCCCGUGGCGCGCAGCUACCCGGCCAGCCGCGUACCCAGCCCGACGCCCGCAGGCCACGAGCUGGCGGCCGCGUCUCGCACGGCGUCCACGGACGCAGCUGGUCGGCCGCAAGCGCCAGCAGGCAGCGGAUCCACCGCCACCGCUGCCGCCGAGGCGGACCCGGCGAUCUUGGCGCUGCAGUUCACGUGCCCGAUCUGCCUGGAGAUCUGCGAGGACUGCGUCGAGACGCCGUGCUGCCACAACCUGUUCUGCCGUCAGUGCCUCCUGUCCGCUGAGCACCGCAUCGAGCGCUGCCCGAUGUGCAAGAGUGGCCUGGAAGCUGGCGCCGUGGUGGCCAAUGUCCCAGUGCAGCGGAUGAUCUCGGACAUGCCCUGCUCCUGCCGAUUCGAGGGCUGUGGCGCGCAGCUGAGCCGCCGGAGCCGGGCACAGCACGAGGCCCAGUGCAGCUUCAUGCCGGUGCGCUGCCGCUUCUCCCCGAGUUGCGCGCCCCUGCUCAGAUGGCAGCUGGCUCAGCACGAGGCCGCUGAUUGCCCCUGCCGGCCGAUCGCCUGCCCGAAGGAGUGUGGGCGCUUCGUGCCGCUCAACUGCCUCGAGGAGCACCUCGAGCGCGAGUGUCCACAGGCGGUGUGCCGCUGCGACCACUGCGCCGCUCCCGUCCGCCGCACCGACCUGCGGGAGCAUCUGCAGCACUGCCCCAUCGUGAGGGUCCCCUGCGGCCUGCAGGAGCAGGAGACGCAGUCACGUUGCGCCUUCUGCUGCGAGCGGCGCCACCUCGCCGAGCACCGCCAGGCCUGCGCUUUCCGGGAGGCCGCCUGCCGGCACGAGGGCUGCGCGCACGUGACGACGGUGCGGCUGCUCCAGGAUCACGAGGAGCAUUGCCGCUGGCGGCUGGCGCCGUGCCCAGACUGCGGCGCCGAACUCUGCCUUGGCUUGCUGCAAGAGCACCUCGAGACGAGCUGCCCAGAGCACCCCAUUGCGUGCCCUUUCGCGGCGUACGGCUGCGAGGAAUUCGUCCUCAGGAGGCUGGUUGACGAGCAUCUUCACCAUGGCGCCGGCAGGCACCUGGCGCUGCUUUGCUCGGCCGUCCAGGCUCGGGACCUGGAGAUCGAGUCCCUGCGGGCAGAAAUGCGGCGCCAGCAGCGCGACGUGGAGCGGAGGUUGGCGAGGCUGGAGCAGCCAGAUAGAAGGUUCAGCACUGGACUGCUCCCACCGCUGCCGCCCGGGGUUGGUGCCCCGCCAGUGAGGCUCUCCGUGGGCGCCGACGCGCCGUUUCCGCCGUCGAUUGAGCUGACGCCGCCGCCUCCACCGAACGAGCUGGCGCCGCCCCCGCCGCAGCUCCGCAGGGUGGGGGGGCCGCGGGCGAUGGGCGAGGUACCCCCGCCGCUGAGGCCCCCGACCCCAAGUCAGUGGCCGGAGUCGCCCUCCGCGCAAGGGUUCGCGCCCACGUCAUCCGCCAUCGCCGGCGCGUUCGACAUGUACCCCGGCACGCCGUGGGACCAAGACCUGGCCAUCGCGCCGCCGAUGGCGCUGCAGCCGUUGAUGCUGCUGCGGGAGGGCGGGGUGUCCCAGGUGCCCGUGUUGUUCACGUCGCGGCAGGGGCGCCGGCCUGCAACCAGCCACGGGGUGCCCCCACCUGCAGGAGUGCUCCGGCGUGGCUUCGGGGUGGGCGGCGGCGUGGGCUACAGGACCCCGCGGGCACCGGUGCCGCCCUCCCCGCCGCCGUUCGCGUCCCACGGCGUGCCCGCAGACGGGGCCACCGCUGCUCCGCAGCCGGAGCCGUCGCAGUCGCUCGGGCCAGGCUCCAGCGGUGCGGAGAGCUCGCCUUCGAGGGCCUCGGGGCUCGUCGCAGGUGCCAGUCCUCCGCCUCCCAGCGACUUCCACCACAGCCCGGUGCUCGACGCCCUGGGCCCCGCGGCGUCGCCCAGCGAGCCGCCCCUGCCCCCAGGCGCCCCGCCAGCGGUGCCGCUGCAGCUGGGGCCCCCUCUCUCCGGCCCCGAGCUCCCGCCGACGGUGCCGUCGUCCCCGGCGCCCGCGGCGCUGAACCUGCCGCCGCCCCAGCCGCCGGCGUCGCCGCUGCCAGCGACGCUUCUGCAGCAGGACCAGGGAGACGCCCUGCUCGACGCCAUCGUGGAGAGCGAGGAGCCGGGCUCGUCCGGACACACUCCGCGAUACAUGUAGGCUCACCUCCUCGCCCCGCGCGAGGCCUCGCGCAGGCAGGGGAGACGCCCUCCUGCUGAUCGAGGCCCUCCUCGCUCUUCCUGCCGAGCCCUGAGAUCCGACGUUGCAAAAAAAAACAUCGCCAAAAUCUCAGGGGAGCCCCACGCUGGUCCUCCUCCCGUGCGGAGCGCGCUGGCCUUUUCAGUACUUCACAACUGUUGCCUUGGUAGUUCUGGUAGGCUCUUCGCGCUGGGUGGUGCGUGCGGUCAACCCAGCAGCUCGCGCGUACACCUUCAGCCAACA